CGCCGCCCCGCCCGCCGCCCAGGCCCAGGCCGCGAGUGCCCGCCGGCCGCUUCCGCUCUCGGCGCAGGCGCUGCAGCUUGGCCAGAACGGAGGGGGCUCAGGAGAGGAGUGGACGCCGCUGGCCAGGAUGGUGCUGGAGAGCGUGGCCCGCAUCGUGAAGGUGCAGCUCCCCGCAUAUCUGAAGCGGCUCCCAGUUCCUGAAAGCAUUACCGGGUUCGCUAGGCUCACAGUUUCAGAAUGGCUUCGGUUAUUGCCUUUCCUUGGUGUACUCGCACUUCUUGGCUACCUUGCAGUUCGUCCAUUCCUCCAGAAGAAAAAACAACAGAAGGAUAGCUUGAUUAAUCUUAAAAUACAAAAGGAAAAUCCGAAAGUAGUGAAUGAAAUAAACAUUGAGGAUUUGUGUCUUGCUAAAGCAGCUUAUUGCAGGUGUUGGCGUUCUAAAACGUUUCCUGCCUGCGAUGGUUCACAUAAUAAACACAAUGAAUUGACAGGAGAUAAUGUGGGUCCACUAAUACUGAAGAAGAAAGAAGUAUAAUAAUAAUAUUAUAACAAUAUUUUCUCAUUCUUUGUGUAUAGAAAAUUUUAAAAUGGUGGUCUUAAUUAUUACUGCUGGUUGAACAAUUAUCUCUUCCAAUUUAUUUUCUUGCUGCACUGCACUACUGUUUGUAUUUGAUCCUUUGUAUAUUCAGUCACUUAAUUAGAAAUUAAAUUGUCAAGCCUCUUAUUCUGACUUCAAAGAAUUAAUGUAUCUUCGAACAAUAAAAUCACUUCUGAUUUUAAUUUAGGAAAACCUAAAUUGUGGCUAUGGAUCCAAAGCUGUUUGUUUCUUUGAAUAUCAAUAUUUUCAACAGGAUCUUGUAUUUAAAAUUCCCACCUACAUUGUUAAAUAUAUUUUUUUUAUAUCUCUUUUGGUUUUGAUAAUCUGAAGUGUGUUUUUCUUCUUUUGGCCUCCCAAACUUCAAUUGUUUAGAUGAAUUAAGAAAAAUAUUGCCAUCAAAAAUUACUUGUGUUUUCACAGAGAUAGACUCUACUUUAUAGAGAUUGUUGUGUAUUUAAUAUGAAUAUCCUAACUUUAGAAAAGAAGUAAACUGGAUAUAAAAAGUUCCAUUGAGGAACAGUUAUUUACAGCAUAAAGGAUUUGUUUACUUUACAAAAGGCUUGUGUCUGUGUGUGUGUAUAUAUUUUAAACUAUUUGACUCAGUGACAGCUGGGGUGGAAUGGCAAGAACACUCACAACCAAAGUCAUGGGCUGCUGCAAUUUGAAGAUCAAUUAGUAAUAAACAUAAGACAUAUUAAUUCAUAUUAAAAUGAUAGUUCAGUGUUGUGUGCUUACAUGGACAUUUUUCUCUUUUUAACACUAUAAACCAUUAAAAUACAGUCAUCCCUUGUAUACGCUGGGGACUGGUUCCAGGGCCGCACGUAUACCAAAAUCUGCCCAUACGCAACUCCCAUAGAAAGUCUUGCAGAACCCAUAUGUAGAAAAGUUGGCCCUCCAAUUGACCCUUCAUACACAGGAGUUUCACAUCCCAUGCAUGAAUGCUGAUCUGUGUGACCUCACCUGCUUUUGACUGAAAAAAGUAUGCACAUAAGUGUACCCACCCAGUUCAAACCCACGUGUAAGGGUCAACUGUACAAAAAAGUUUGCACAAUAAAUGUACUGGAGAAUCUUUAAAAUGUUUGUACUUCUUAAUCCUACUAUUAUGAGUCUUCAGUUUCAUCUUACAUUACUACUCUCAUAAUAGCUAUCCUUAGCCAGGUGCCAUGGCACAGGCCUGUAGUCGCAACUGCUGGGAAGACUGAGGUGGAAGGAUAGCUGCAGUGCAGGAGCCCAGGAGUUCAAGGCCAGGCUGGGCAACAUAGUACUCUGCCUCUGCUGGGCUCUGUAGGGAAUCCUUUCUGUUCUGAAAGAGUUAUUAUUUAACCCCCUUCACUGAGUGUGUUUCUGAGACCUUGCUAGGCACUAUGGAAACUGCUUAGUUGAGAAAAGACAAAUACAAAAGCUUUUCUUUAGUCUAUUUAAGAUACAAUUCAUUCAGUUCACUUUGCUUUCUUUUUAUAAGAAGGUACAAGAGGCAGAUAGAGGUAAUCCUUCUAGAAAUAAAACUAAUGGUUAUUGAGCACUCGUAUGUACCAGACACUACACUAAGCAUGGUACUUGGGUUUUUCAUUUAUUACAUGUAAUGUCAGGUUCAAUUAUAUGGUCGUAACUUCUUCAUGACCAGCAGCAUGUAUUUUAAAGUUAGAAAUGUAGUCUAGUUUUUGAGAAGUUUUGCAAGGUAUAUGUCCAAAAUUGUUGUUCUUUCCUCACAUGUCAGUGGGUGAUAAAUACAGCAUUACUGUCA